ACACACCCUACCUCUUUAUAAUUAACACAUCCCCACACCCCAUACACACACACACACACACACUGAAUCAGACAGAGAGAGAAAAAAAUGGGGAGAGGGAGAGUGGAGUUGAAGAGAAUUGAGAACAAAAUCAACAGACAAGUCACCUUUUCCAAGAGGAGAAAUGGGCUGCUCAAGAAAGCCUAUGAGCUCUCUGUUCUCUGCGAUGCCGAGGUCGCCCUCAUCAUUUUCUCCAGCAGAGGAAAGCUCUAUGAGUUUGGUAGUACUAGCAUAGCAAAGACCCUUGAGCGUUACCACCGUUGCUGCUUUAAUCCUCAAGACAAUCCUACUGAAACAGAAGCACAGAGCUGGUACCAUGAGGUCUCUAAAUUGAAGGCCAAGUAUGAAUCCCUUCAACGCACACAAAGGCACUUGCUUGGAGAAGAUCUUGGCCCUCUGAGUAUUAAGGAGUUACAGAAUCUUGAAAAACAGCUUGAAGGGGCUCUUUCUCAGGCCAGGCUAAGGAAGACGCAGAUAUUGAUGGAACAAAUGGAAGAGCUUCGCAGAAAGGAACGUGAACUGGGAGACAUGAACAAGCAGCUUAAGAUCAAGAUUUCUCUAGAAAUGUCAUCGCUCGACGCGGAGCGACAAGGCCUGAGAGCCCUUCCCUUACCAUGGACGCUUACUUCAUCUGAAGCCAGUAGUUUUCCACUCCAAAUACAAGCUUCCAAUCCAAUGCAAAUGGAGCCAGAGCCUUUUCUGCAAAUAGGGUAUCAUCACUAUAAUCUUGGAGAAGGGCCAUCUGCUCCUACAAGGAUGGCUGUUGAUAAUAAUAUGGUCCAAGGAUGGACACUUUGAUAUUGGUUUAGUUCCAUCCACCUUCUAAUCCUUUUGAUGAAUAUAUGUUCUGUCUUAAUUUCAAGAAUUAAUAUGCCUCAAAACUAUUACUAUGUGAAGUUGGGCUUUGAUUUUAGUGAUCAAGAAACUUUGUAAAGUUCAGAUAAUUUAAACUUGUAUGUGACAUAACAUACACUUUGAUGCAAAUGUUAGGCAUGAUUUUGUGGUUCUGAUUGACAUGAACAUAUGGUCUGAAAUGGGUUUUGAAUGUAAUUUACCACUAUCAUUAAUUAUGUGUAGGAGUAUUGAAUAUAUAUGUGUUU